AAUAUUUUUCAAGAGGGUUUAUUUUCUUUUAUUUGUGGGAAAAUGACUUCCCUGAUCAGUCAAGGGAAGAAAAUACAACGCUUUUACUCCACCCCCACCCCUCUUCUCCAUCUCCAUCUCCAUCUCCAUCUCAAACAAAAUUGAGCUAGCAUUACAACAAAUUUCAUUGCGGUUUUCAAUGUUAGGGUUUUCUCCUGUCUCUCUAUUCUCCCCAUUGCAAGAGUUUCGAAGGUAUAUUCCAAUCAUGACAAGUUCAUCAACAAAAAAAAUUAAAAUGUUUGACGAAAUGUCUCUUGUGUGUGAAAAAGAUCGGGCUAGGGAAGAUUGUGCUAAAUCAUUUGAAGAUAUAGAUUUUGAUAGUUUUUCUGAGAAAGAUAAUGAUAAUGACCUUGAAGGACCAUCCAUCGAAAAGGAUGUGCAAGUAAUCGAAGCUUCUCACGUUAAGGCAAGUAGUAAAAGAAAACGUUCUUUUGAGGUGCAAGAUGUCGUAGGUGAUAUAUCAAUAAAGUUUGUAGAAGUGGCAACGGCAAUCAGUAGAAUGGUUGAUAGUCGUCUAGCUGUGACAAAGUUGCAUGAAGAAGUUAUGGCAAUGGAAGGUUAUAAUGAAGAGUUUCCCAGUGAUGCUUUUGAUUAUUUGGUGUAAAGCGACACUUUAGCUAAGGCAUUCAUGAUCAAAAAUUAAAAUAUUCGUAAGAUGUGGUUGGAACGAUUCAAGCAACAACAAUAGUGACACCUAUUGGUUGGGUUAGCUUCAUAGGAUUUGGAAGCAACUAUUAUUCGCACGCUUUUGUUUUUGAUAAUGUAUCAUGUAUUUGCUUUCAAACUUCUCUCUUUUCUUUUAUUUUUGAUAAUGUAUCGUGUAUUUGCUUCCAAACUUUUCUCUUUUGUGCAUUUAUGAGAAUUGAUUAGGAAGCUUGAAUUAUGUAAGUAAUAGUUGCUUAAAUUUUAGCGUCUUGUAAUAUUUUGAUACUCAAUAUUAAUAUUAUUUGCUAUGCUUAAAUUA